AACAAACAAGCCAAAAUGAGUGGUUCAUUGAAUCGGAGAACUCAGAGGCACUCGUCCGUCCGUCUUGAGUUAUCGUAAUCUCAAUUUCACCUCUCAACCAAAACAACAUAAUAUUAGUAUUCUGAGUUUCUCGCCUUCUCUAAAGAGAGCUUGAGAGCAGUGAAGAUGGAGGGUCGAGACAUGGACGAUUUGCCCAAGAAUGCAGCCAACUACACUGCUUUGACGCCCUUGUGGUUUCUGGAAAGAGCAGCUCUGGUACAUCCCACCAGAACGUCCGUCGUCCAUGGCUCACGACGAUACACCUGGCUUCAGACCUACCAGCGAUGCCGUCGACUCGCCUCUGCGCUCUCUGCACAUUCCAUUGGUCUUGGCAGCACAGUGGCAGUGAUAGCACCCAACGUGCCAGCAUUAUACGAAGCACAUUUCGGAAUCCCAAUGGCAGGAUCAGUGUUGAACCCAGUGAAUAUCCGACUAAACGCAUCAACCAUAGCUUUCCUUCUCAGCCAUUCUUCAUCGUCUGCAAUAAUGGUGGAUCAAGAGUUCUUCCCUCUGGCAGAGGAAGCCCUGAGAAUCUGGUCAGAGAAAAGCAGCUUCAAGCCUCCGCUUUUAAUAGUGAUCGGAGACGACGAGAACCGCGAUGCAAAGGAGCUGAGGUACGCAGUGGAGAAAGGAGCGAUAGAGUACGAGAGGUUUCUGGAGAAUGGGGACGCAGAGUAUGCAUGGAAGGGUCCAGAAGACGAGUGGCAGAGCAUAGCUCUGAACUAUACGUCGGGGACGACGGCGAGCCCCAAGGGCGUGGUGCUGCAUCACAGAGGCGCUUAUCUGAUGGCUCUGAGCGGAGCUCUGAUAUGGGGAAUGAAUGAGGGAGCCGUGUAUCUGUGGACACUUCCUAUGUUUCAUUGUAAUGGUUGGUCUUACACCUGGACACUUGCUGCUCUUUGUGGCACCAACAUUUGCCUUCGACAGGUGACAGCAAAGGCAGUGUACGCAGCGAUUGCGGAGCAAAAAGUGACUCAUUUCUGUGCAGCGCCAAUAGUGCUGAACUCCAUUGUUAACGCCCCAUCAGACCACACAAUCCUUCCUCUCCCUCACGUCGUCCACGUCAACACUGCCGGCGCCGCUCCUCCACCCUCCGUCCUCCGCGCCAUGUCCGAACGUGGCUUCCGAGUCACCCACACCUACGGCCUCUCCGAGACCUUUGGCCCGUCCACCUUCUGCGCCUGGAAACCCGAGUGGGAUUCCCUCCCGCCGGAAGCCCGAGCCAGGCUCAACGCCCGGCAAGGCGUUCGCUACGUCGGCCUGGAAGGCCUUGACGUCGUCGACCCCAAGACCAUGAACCCCGUCCCUCCCGACGGCUCCACAUUAGGCGAGGUCGUGAUGAGAGGAAACGUGGUGAUGAAAGGGUACUUGAAGAACCCCAAGGCAAAUGAAGAAGCUUUUGCGAAAGGGUGGUUUCAUUCUGGCGACAUCGCCGUGAAACACCCGGAUGGGUAUAUAGAGAUUAAGGAUAGGUCCAAGGAUAUUAUUAUUUCUGGUGGUGAAAACAUCAGUAGUGUCGAGGUUGAGAAUGUUCUGUAUUCUCACCCCGCGAUUCUGGAAGCUUCGGUGGUUGCGAGGCCUGAUGAGAAAUGGGGGGAGUCUCCAUGUGCGUUUGUGACCCUGAAACCAGGAGUGAAUCAUGAGGAGGACAGUGAUGAGAAGAAGCGUCCCCUCGUUGAAGAUAUAAUCAAGUUUUGCAGGUCCAAUAUGCCUGCUUAUUGGAUCCCUAAAUCUGUAGUGUUUGGGCCCUUGCCCAAGACUGCUACGGGAAAGAUUCAGAAACAUCUGCUUAGGGCCAAGGCCAAAGAAAUGGGCCCAGUCCAGAUUAGCAAGUUGUAGGCUUGUAGCUCAAGUGACUGUAGCAUGCGAAGCAUGUAUUUAUUUACAAUCUGUACAGUAGUAUGAGGACAAGCUUGGUAGUUGGUAUAUAUAUACACUACUUACGCUUA